UUCAUUCUUUCCAUCUCCUUUCAUUUCUUUUGUUUUCUUUGGAAUCACUGCCACAUCUCUCUUGUCUUACACACUAAGCAUUCGUCAGAGGAGUUAGAUAUUUCUCAUACAACACAAAUUAUUAUUAUUAUUAUUAAAAUUCUCCUUUUGCUUAAACCCAAAUCUCACAGAUAGAACUGUACUAAAAUCACCUCAAUUUCUGAGAUACCCACAUGGAGUUUGAGGCAAAUCAACGCCCUUUCUUGUGUUCUUUCGGGAAUUUCGUUGAAACUCUCAAACGUGGUUGCAGCCUCGCCUUCUCUGCCAUAAUAGGGAACAUCUUGUCGGCGAUCUUGACCUUCUGCUUCGCAUUCGUGGGCACUUUGUUAGGGGCUAUGACUGGGGCCUUGAUAGGCCAAGAGACAGAGAGUGGCUUUGUAAGAGGGGCUGCUGUUGGUGCUAUAUCAGGAGCUGUUUUCUCCAUUGAAGUGUUUGAAUCCUCGCGUGUUCUUUGGCAAUCUGACGAAUCUGGAUUUAGGUGUCUCUUAUACUUGAUUGAUGUUAUUGCUAGCCUUCUGAGUGGGAGACUCGUGCGUGAAAGGAUAGGUCCAGCCAUGUUUAGUGCUGUCCAAAGCCAAGUAAUUUUUCUUUGUCCCAAAGUAACCUAUGAGACAGGAAUUUGGUUAUGCACUCAUUAUCUUGCUUAUGCUUUUGUUUUUCUUCCUUUUCAGAUGGGUGCUGUCGAAUCGGGCUUUGAUGAGGUUCAAAACCUCUUUGACAUUGGUGAUGCCAAAGGUUUAUCAGGAGCUUCAGUUGCAAAGAUCCCACAGGUAACAAUUACCGGAAACAACGGUGAUGCUUCUGGUCAAAGAGAUUCAUGUUCAGUUUGCCUCCAGGACUUUCAACUCGGAGAGACAGUUAGGAGCUUACCCUACUGUCAUCACAUGUUUCACCUACCUUGCAUCGACGAGUGGCUCAGCAAGCAUGUUUCUUGCCCAUUAUGCAGAAGGGAUAUGUAAUUUUGUAUAUGUACAAGCCUCAAAAUAGGUUCUACCAUUGUUUAUAAGCGCAUAAGCUGUUAGGAACAUGCACUUGGUGACAUGUAGUGGGAAACAUCCCCUGCCAUUUGAGUGGCUACAUUUUAAUAAAUUAGUUUAAAGAAAAUUUUUACAUGAA